GACUGGAACUGCUGAUGUGCUACAGAAGGUUUCAGUUCAGGUUCAGCCGUUUGAUGGGGCAGUGCCUGCAGCAGAGGAGUGGAUCAGCUCAUUGGAUUUGCACACACACGUCAGUCGCAUCUGUAGGAAAACAGGUGUUAUUACACCAAGCCAUCUCCCUUCUCUUCCCGCUCGUCAGCAGCAUCCACUGUGAAACCCAAGAGCCUGCUCUGGUAACCCUGCCUACAGCACCUGCCACUGCUCCCUGGCAUCGCCAAUGCUGCCUGCCUUCAGCAUCCACAAGUGGCUUGUGCUGUGAGCCAGGAGCUGUGGGGAGACACUGGUUACAAGACGGGAGAGCAGCCAGAGACAAGGAGGAGGAAGUGGAGGAGGAAGUGGUAAGGAUGGCGAGCAACUCCAGUGCGUUGCCCCGGGUGACUUUCCAGACUCCAGAGAAACCCGGGGAAGAAUCGUCACACAGGAAACUGGGCAAGCUAACCAUAAAGUACAACCGCAAAGACCUACAGCGUUGGCUAGACCUGGAGGAGUGGAUCAAUGCCCGGCUGCAGGAGCUGUAUCAGUACCCGCUAAGAGAAAAAACGGAUGCAGAAGUUCCUGGACCAGUAAUUGACCUUGAAGAUCUCCUGGAAGUCCCUAAUGAAGAACAGAAAUUAAAACUACAGGAAAUCCUCCAUGAGUGCUCCAGCCCAACAGAGGACUUCAUUACGGAAUUGCUCAGUCGAUUGAAAGGUCUCCGGAGAAUCACCAAUCCUCAGAAGAGGUUACCUCACCCAUAAGGGACAUCCAGCUUUGGUCACAAGGAAAAAUGCAUCUUUCCUAUUAAAAAACAACAGAUCAGCAAGAUCACUUGAGAAUACAUUUAGGAUUUACUGUUAUUGAGAAACUUCACUGAGUUUGUGAACUUCGUACCAGUGGCUUGAAGUCUCCACUCCUUCCAGAUCUACAUGCACAGCAGGAGGCUAAGCUGUAUGUUUUCCUGAUUCUCAAAGGGCAUUUUAAUCUGGAGAAUGGAACAAGAUGUUCUUCCUUUAGUUUCUUCUAGGAAUUUCCAAGCUGGCUUGGGAGCAUCGAAUACAAUUCUCAGAAGCACAAAAACUUCCUUCUUUCCAUCCACUGCAAGGAAAACAAGGAACUGGUUAUCACUCCUUCAUCAACAUGGAAAGUUGGUUACUGUGAAGCUGCACCCUGUUUCAAGUCUGGCUGGGACCCAACUGCGAUCUUUUGCCUGUUACUGCCAUACCUGUCUCUACAGCAUUGCUCAUACUUUAUAGAUCUAUUAAGCCUCUGUUAGCCAUGAAGGUUCAACAGAAAAUAUACAGUAGGAUCAAAGGAAAACAUCCAAGUGCAUCUGGUCACUACUUAAGGGGAAGCUGACAAAAUGGCUGCUAAGGCUAGCGGAAGAGAGAUGUUUUUCCUCUUUGCAGAAUUUAGAAUUUGAUGAUUCAAAAAUAUCUUCUACAGGAGUGAGGCCUGGGAAUGAUUUUUCUCACCAUUUAAAAAGACAUUGUAAAAUACUUAUUUUGUAUAUUAAAACAGAAAAUCAGCCAUGUGCUGCCUCAAAUUGCUCUCUCUUUAAACACUACAGAAAACUGAACAGAAAACAUACUUACUCCUAAGCAGCAAGUCUUUCACAGACAGACAGGUCUCACAAAUUAGAAAUAAAGUAGGACACAACCUUGCUGCACAAACUCUUCAGGCUAUAACUAAUGUGUGGCUGGAAAAAUACAGAGGAAACUACAUCCAGGCUCUCAGCAAGUGGGUAACUUGACACGUGUUGCAGGGAACUAAGACAUCAAAUGAAGGAUGACUACUUAAGCAGAGCAGUCUCUCACAUUAUGUCCCUAUGCUCUCAUGCCUGCCAUCCACACACAAGAGAUGAGUUGGUGAGUUGCAUCUGGAAGGACUUCUAUGUACCACCAGGUACCCAGGGGCAAGCGCCUUCUUUGGCUUGAUAUGAGGCCAACAGGACAUGUUUGCCCUCCUGAAGUCUCCAAUUUGUAAGAAAAACAACAAAAAUAUACAGUCCAGGUUUGCACCUGCUGUAAGUCUGGCACUGCUCGUAGAUUCACACCUGCUGACACUGAUGAAUCACAGCUCUCAAGAAAGGAAAGCAGCAUAGUGCCAAAGAGCUCUGAGCACCAUUAACAUCACAGACUAGAUUCAAACAGAAGUUCAGCUGGAAGACCCUGGUGGACAGGCCCCUGAGCUGUGUCCUAUGCUAUAGCUGCUACUUGCUGCAGUGUAAGUACACAGGUGUCCAGAUUAAUUACAUAUUCCAUAAAGCAGCUUUUAUUCUUCUGAGCUGUGACAGCACAAAGACCUGUAGGGCCAUUUCUCCAACAUUAGAGAUUUUUCUCCAAGCAGGGAGUUAAUUCUGUACCCACUCAAUUUGGAGUGAUGAAAAAAAUUUUUUUUUGCUGUACUUUAAAGGUGGAGAACCCAGGGGAAAAAAAAAGCUUUUGGAACUCUGCUUGAGAGAAGUUGUCUUUGUGUGUUCUCUUCCAACAGUAGAAAAAUGAGUAAGCUGUAGCCCCUGUGAUAUGCAGUUUUUCCACUAUAUCAAAACAUUACUACAGUACAAGAGUGCACUUCAGGCAAGCACAAAGAUAUAACAGUACAAAGCAAGAUGAUGUGGCCACUGUUAGCUGAUUUCUCAUCUCUGGCGCAAAAGAAAACAACACAAGGCAGAACAACUUUUAGAUUAGUUCUUGAAAGGAAGAAGUCAAGCUUGAUUUUAUUUACUUUGUGGCUGCUCUCCACUGAGCAUUUAAGGACAGACUGAAGUACAUUUUGUUUACAAACAGCUUCCAGUCAACUCUGCUGUUUCUCAGUACCAUCACACUACUAGAAUAAGGCUUCAAUAUUUGGUUUGCAGAUAGCAUGGUAAGAACAUUUCUUUAAGGUAACUUUUGCCUCUUGAUUAUACCAAGAUAACUCAGAACAUGCAAAAUUUCAUGUAUUUUUCUAAUUAAAAUUUCAUGAAGGUGCAUAAAAUAUGCAUAAAAUAACCUUCAAAUCAUUUUCCAUUUAUUAUGAGUUACAUUCCCCUUAAAAAUAUUCAGGUGGCUAUAUUUGGACACACUUAUUACAGCAGUUAAGGCAAAGCACAUCUGCAUGAACCACAGCAAUAGCAAAUGAAUGCAGUUUAUCUGAGGUCUCUCUUUGUGAACUAAUCUGAUUUCAAAUUCAUUCAUUAGUAUUAGUUUGAAUUCUUAUUGAGGAGGAAAGUACUCUUGAUAUUUCACGUACAAAACAUUUUGAGAGGAAAAGAAAAUCAUCUUAUAUCCUUAUGGCAUACAACGAAGAAGUAAACAAACAGAUUCCUUCUUGUAGAUCCCAAACUUUCUUCAGUUCUUGAAUGGCUAUCACUGAGGUCGAUCCUCCCAGUGAGGAACUGAUGGCUUACCAGUACCUUUACUGCUUUACCAACACCUUUUCAAAGCCAAGGUCAAAGUGUGUGGAACACAGCUAAGUGCGCACUGGACAGCAAAAGGUCACACAGUACUCUUUCCAAAUGACAGACUGUUAAUUGUGCUUCUGCAGGCAGCUGAUUGAGAUCACUCUCCUGAUCCUUUUGCAUGAGGCAUGAGCUACAGCGGGUAUGGCUUUACAAGGGGAAAGUGAUUGGCCAGCCACUAAAACAGCCAAUUACAUGCAGAAAGCUCAGCAGCCACAAAAAUGUCCAUUAGUGACUGGGCAGUGAAAAAGUCAGUAUGUGUGAAUGACUGAAGAGUCUUCCAUGACUAAGUUCUAUUUCAGGUAUUAGGCUGGUUGCAUUUCUGGAUUCCUUGGGAUGAACCCACAGAAACCAAUCCAGGAAACUAAAUAAGCUGCUUCAGGCUGUUACCUGUUGCUUUAUUAUUGAUCAACACAGGGCAGGGCUCACUGGACUCAUGCUACCUAACUGCACAAGGAGCUCAAAGUUGUGUUGUGAUGGAUGAAACAUUUAAACUGCUUCACGUAAAUCACCAGCUCAUAGAUAACAAGGAGGGGGAAAAAAAAAAAGCUGUAAAACAAGAACUAAUUUGCCUAUUAUCUGCUUGGAAAGAACCUUAGGAAGGCUGAAGCCCAAAGGAGUGGAUCAGUCUUAGAGAGAAGAGGGCUGUUUACAUCUUCUGUACGUGCAAAACACAAAGGAUUUAACUUGAGGCAGAAUUUUCAGUGGGCUGUCUUGCUGUCAGACUAACUAUCCUGGUCAAAUAACAACGAAGAAAGCACCAUUCCCACAAUGACAUGAAGCCAGAACUGCCAGAAAAAUAAAGUCUUAAAAAUGAAGACUUCAAACUCCCCAGGUCAGUAACUAUCUACUAAGAUCUUGUGUAACACAGGAUUCAUUGUGAGCUCUUGCAUCAGAACAAUUCAGUAGUUUUCCCUCCUGUCUGUUCUAAUGUUAAGGCACUUGUGAAGGAUGUCUUUCCUCUAACAGACUGUGCUUCACUGGAUUGGGUUCCACCAUCCCUUCCUAACAAUAAGUCUAGCCAGCACUGUCAGAUACACUAGCAAUUUCUCACUGCGUCAACCAGAAAUAUUACAAUACCAUGUUGUCUGAUACAGAUUACUACUGAAUCUCCUGAUCCAGUCUAGCACGUUAGCAAAAAUCCAUCUUUAGAUGCAGUUUAAGGUAUUUACUGUGCUCUAGCUGGCUGACUGGAGGUGGCUGAAGUGCAGGCAAACAGUGUGAGCAGUGACCUUCAGCACAGGGGCAGAGCUGACAGCUGGGAGUGGCAGUGUCAAACCAGACGGGCAAGAUCAAUUGGAAACUCUCUGUCAAAAGCAAAUCUUAAGGUUUUUCUGUUUGGACACUCCUGGAAUUUGUCAACCUUAGACAGCUGUCUAAAGUCACACUACAGUCCUGGAAGAGCUCACCUUGAUGGGAUGUUAGAGCUGAUUUCAGAAAAGUGUAAUCGUGUAUUUCAAACAAUUCUUGGUGCUAUAGCCACUGGCACAUGCUGCAUAUGUCUGGACUAUUUCUGGGUGGUAUACAAGCAUAGUAAACUGAGAUUCUCUCAUAGCCACGUAAGAAAUCAUCACACAUACAGCAUUUUUAUCCUAGCAGGGGAACAAAUAAUAAACAGAGCCAAUUCUCACUUUCAUAGUAACACACACACCUCUUCCAAAUUAACAUGCUGCUCCCAUAGACUACAUGCAACUUAUGCACAGAUACUGCUGGUAACAACACAGUGCACCUGUAACAAAUUAUCUUUAAGAAGUAUUCUUCGUUUCAAAUAUAUAAGCAACACUGCUUAUCAAGGCAGAGUAGCCAUCACUGGAGCACGACACCCCUGCACCAGCCCAGCAACACUACAGAAGUGUUUUUCAUGAUUUCAUGAUCCUUCAU